UGUACCAACCGUGUUCUGAAACGCAACAUAAUAGUGUUGUCUUUCAGUCUGCGUUGAUUCCUUCAUUUGAACAUUUGUACUCAUUCGUCCGCCGUUUGAAAAACUAAACGUUAUUAAUUCUUGGUGUCAGAACUAACUCAACUCGUCUCGGUAAACAGAAGCGUCUCAGACUUAGCUUUAUAGUUAGCUUAGCUUGCUAGCUGCUAACAAAGAGACUCGGCAGCGAUCAACGCAUCGCUAAGCAGAGAUCGAGUACAUCUGUGAAGAACAUCUUCUCCCUGGGCUUCUGGAGUGCAGCUUCAAGAUGGAGCAGGGAAAGCCUCAGCCCUCCCACAUUAAAGAAGAGGAUGAGGUACCACAGACCCCUGACACCAACAAAAAAGAAGAGAACCCACUGACCCCCCACAUUAAGGAAGAAGACGAGGUGCAGCAGACCCCCAACCUUAAAAAGGAAGAAGAGGACCCCCUGUCCCCCCAUGUUAAAGAGGAAGAAGAUGUGCCAGAGACCCUGCACCUUACAAAGAAAGAGGAGGACCGACUGACGCCCUACUUUAAAGAGGAAGAGGAGGCACCACAGCCCCUGCACAUUAAAAAGGAAGAGGAGGAACACAGCAUCAGUCAGGAGGGAGAGCAUCUUGAAUGGUUGGAGGAGUUCCCAGUGAUUGGUGUAAUUGUGAAGAGUGAAGAUGAUGAGGUCAAGGAUGAAAGGGAGGAGAAGAGAGAGGUGGAGUCUCCAAGCAACAGCUCAACUCAACACAUGACAACAGAAGCUGAUGGAGACCACUGUGGAGGAUCACAAGCAGACAAGCUCUUAGCUCCACUAUCAGACAGUGACGACACAACGUCACACUCUCCUGACACUGAUGAUGAAGACUCUAAAGCUGAUAAUACAUGUCACACUGACAACACACGUUUUACAUGUUCUCACUGUGACAAAACUUUUAAACCCCACAGUUAUCUGAAAGUACACAUGAGAAAACACACUGGAGAAAGACCUUAUACCUGUUCAGUCUGUGGUAAAGGUUUUGUACAAAGUCAAAAUUUAAAAGUACACAUGAGAAUACACACUGGAGAAAAGCCAUUUUCUUGUUCAAUUUGCGGCAGAUGUUUUGUAGCAAGUCAAAAUCUGAAAUUACACAUGAGCGUGCACACUGGACAAAAACCUUUUACCUGUUCAAUCUGUGGUAAAGGUUUUGUAACAAGUCAAAAUUUGAAAGUACACAUGAGAACACACACAGGAGAAAACCCUUUUACCUGUUCAAUCUGUAGUAAAGGCUUUGUACAAAGUCAAGAUUUGAAAGUACACAUGAGAAAACACACCGGAGAAAAACCUUUUAUCUGUUCAGUUUGUGGUAAAGGUUGUGUAACAAAUCAAAGUUUAAAAGUACAUACGAGAAUACACACUGGAGAAAACCCUUUUACCUGUUCUAUCUGUGGUAAAAGUUUUGUACAAAGUCAAAAUUUGAAAGUACACAUGAGAACGCACACUGGUGAAAAACCAUAUUCCUGUACAAGCUGCAACAAAAGCUUCUGCAGACAAAGAAACCUUGUAGUACACAUGAGAACACACACAGGUGAGCAAGUGUUCAGUUGCAGUGUGUGUGGUGAAAGAUUCUCUUAUAAGUACCAGUGUAAGAAACACAAGUGUGCUGGUGAGAACAGCAGCAGCAAAUGAAGCCAAGACUUUGAUAACUUUGACUUUCUAACAAUAUAAACGUGUGACAUAAUUGUUGGUGUGUUACACAAUCUUGUUAAUAUGCUUCCACCAUUUAUAGAUUAGAUCUUUUCGUUUAGGUUUUUUUUUUAAAUUUCAAUAACAUGCAUCAACAUGCAAAAUUGUGUAUUUAAACAAAUAACAGCAAUUUGACUGAAAAGGUUGAGAUAAAACUGUAAACAUUUUAUCCGAUAGUGCAUAUUCAUAUUGGCCCUAGUGUGUGAAUGUGAGUGUGAAUGUGUGUCUGCCUAUCUGUUGGCCCUGUGAUGAGGUGGCGACUUGUCCAGGGUGUACCCUUCCUUCCGCCCGAAUGAAGCUGAGAUAGGCUCAAGCACCCCCCGCGACCCCGAACGGGACAGGCGGUAGAAAAAUGGAUGGAUGGAUAAUUCACUUCUAUACUUAUUCAGAACAGUGUUUUAUGUAGGUUUUAGAAAUAAUUAAGUGGGGGGGGGGGUGGUUUCUAAUUGUAAAUGAUUCCAUAGAUUAACUCUUUUGUAUGAUAUACAUAUACAGGUAAAAGCCAGUAAAUUAGAAUAUUUUGAAAAACUUGAUUUAUUUCAGUAAUUGCAUUCAA